CAUCUUAUCAAAGGAAGCAAAAAAGAAAAGUUUUAGUAGAGGGAGCAGCCUUUUUGCUUUCUCCCUUUUGUCCUUAAGCCUGUUCUAAAGCAAAGGAAAGAAUCCAAGGGAAGUUUCUUACAAAGUCUUCCCUUUCAUUAAAAUCUUUUUAGUAUAAAUUUACUCAUAUAAUUAACCCACUUUCUUUCCUCAGAAAAGGUUCAAAGUCUCUGAUUUUCACUUUCUUCCUCUAAAUUAAAUUAAAGUUGUGUUUCAUAGAUAUAGAUAUUUGCUUAAAGAGAGAAAAAGAAAAAUGGGUCUAGGAGGAACUUUGGAGUAUAUUUCUGAGAUCAUGAGUAGUGAUAAGCCCAAAAAGAAGAAGAAGCAGUUUAAUACAGUGGAGCUCAAAGUCAGAAUGGAUUGUGAUGGCUGUGAACUUAAAGUCAAGAAAGCUCUUUCUUCCUUGAGUGGAGUGAAGUCUGUGGAGAUAAACAGGAAACAACAGAAGGUGACAGUAACAGGAUAUGUGGAAGCAAACAAGGUGUUAAAGAAGGCAAAGUCAACAGGGAAGAAGGCAGAGAUAUGGCCUUAUGUCCCUUACAAUUUGGUGUCUCAGCCCUAUGCUGCAGCAGCUUAUGACAAGAAAGCACCACCUGGUUAUGUCAGAAGAGUUGAUCAGAACAACUCAACUACUGGAACAGUUGCAAGAUAUGAGGACCCUGCCUAUACCAACAUUUUCAGUGAUGACAACCCUAAUGCUUGCUCUAUCAUGUAAUAUUCUGCAAAUAACUGCGCCUUAAUUCCAAAUUAGUUGUAGUCAGCUAUUAUUAUGGGAGUAAUAUUCAAAAAAUUUAGAGCACUGCAAGUUUGUGUGCAGGGUUUGGGAUUGGGUCGAAAGGUUAACUGCUGUGGUUGUAAGUUUUGCAUGGGUGUUAAUGAGCGGAGUAUGUAUCAGAAAUAACUUUGUACUUUCACAAAAUUGGGGUAUAGUUUGCGUACACUAUCGUUUAUAUACCUACUUGUAGGAUGUCACUAAAUUUUUUUGA